AUGUCGUUCUCGAGCCAGGCCGCCCUGCCGAAGAACGGCAGCAGAGGUGACCUCACCCCUCUCUACAACUCCCUGAAGGGAGUUUGUGGUCAGGUGGGGGUCAGUCUCUUUCACCAGGCAGCAACUGACAGAAGGAGAGGACACCACCGACAAAGAGCCUCCGUAACGGGGCGCUCCUGGGAAGUUUCACCUGUCCGCGGCUGCCCGGUGGCCGGGACGGCCCGAGGUGGCGACGGCCGCCGCCGGAGCCCCUGUGCCUCGGUUCCUUGCCUUUCGUGGGCAAGCGUGCUGGGAUGCAGAGAUGGUGAACUGAGUUUGAGUAGAUCAGUGAUCAAUAGCUCUGAUAAGGUAAUUCGAAAGGGUGGCUCCUCAAUCUUCCAACAUGCUCCAGAAGGUUGGAAAGUCAAUUCAUCUUUGGUGAUGGAAAUAAGGAAGAAUAUUCUUCAGUUCUUGGAUGCAGAAAGAGAUGUCUCGGUGGUCAAAAGCAACUUCAAGCCAGGAGAUGUAAUUCAUUACGUACUGGACAGACGUCGCACUCUAAACAUUUCUCAGGAUUUGCACAGCCUUCUCCCUGAAGUUUCCCCGAUGAAAAAUCGCCGAUUUAAAACCUGUGCAGUUGUUGGGAAUUCUGGCAUCCUUCUGAAGAGUGGUUGUGGAAAAGAGAUUGAUAGCCAUGAUUUCAUAAUAAGGUGCAAUCUAGCUCCUGUGGUGGAGUUUGCUGCCGAUGUGGGAACUAAAUCUGAUUUUAUUACCAUGAACCCAUCAGUUGUACAAAGAGCAUUUGGAGGCUUUCGGAAUGAGAGUGACAGAGAAAAAUUUGUGCGUAGACUAUCUAUGCUGAAUGACAGUGUCCUUUGGAUUCCAGCUUUCAUGGUCAAAGGUGGAGAGAAGCAUGUGGAGUGGGUUAAUGCAUUAAUCCUUAAGAAUAAACUGAAAGUGCGAACCGCCUAUCCAUCACUGAGACUCAUUCAUGCUGUCAGAGGCUAUUGGCUGACAAACAAGGUCCGCAUCAAACGACCCAGCACUGGUCUCCUCAUGUAUACACUUGCUACCAGAUUUUGUGAUGAAAUUCACCUGUAUGGAUUUUGGCCAUUCCCAAAGGAUUUACAUGGAAAACCAGUCAAGUAUCACUAUUAUGAUGAUCUGAAGUAUCGGUACUUUUCUAAUGCCAGUCCUCAUAGGAUGCCAUUAGAGUUUAAAACAUUGUAUGUGUUACACAGUAGAGGAGCACUUAAAUUAACAACAGGGAAAUGCAUACAGCAAUAAAGCGCAUGUUAAGUACAACAAAUACAGAAUACACACCUCAUCAUAAAGAUGUUGUGGAAUGGCAGUGGGACCACAGUGGGGAUUUUUUUCAGUACCCACUAAGCCAUUGGAAAAAUGGCUCAUAUCAGAAGUACAUAACCAGCUAUUAUACCUGUAAAGUGCUAUAUAACUAAGCUAUCUUGACUGCAAGGGUUCAAGUAAGUGCCACUUUCACUAAGAACAAAGUUUGAAUGUAUGCUCGGUAGUGUUUACAGGAUGCAGUGACACAUUCAUCACUAAUUGAAGAAGAAAAAGAGCCUGCCAAUAUGCAACUGUGAUCGGACAGCCCACACAAGAAUACCCAGUGGAUAUAAUAUUUACUUGAGUAAAUAAAUCAGACUUUGGCAGAAAAUAUCAUGAUGGAUUUGAGUAGAGAAAGUGAAGUCUGUAAGAUCAAACCAAUCAGUAACCUCAGCUUUUGUUGCUGUUUUUCUUAUUGCCAUUGAUUGUGUUUUGUUGCUUUUAAGUUUUGGAGCCCUUUCAAGAUUUCAAGAAUGUUAUGAGUAUUUUUCAUCUUACACAAUUGUCUUAAGGAAGAAGAUUUGUAAGCAUAGGAGGGUGGAGGGGAAUAUCAAAUAUUUUAUCAAGUGUUAUUGUGUUGUAUCCUGCUGUUGCACAAUCCUUAACAUCCCUGUUGUUUUUCUAGAUACUGUCGACAGUACCCAUUACAUGAAACAACAUUUUGGUCUGACUUAAAGAGAAGUUUUUCACUCCUGUACAGAUUCAAAGAUACUACAUAGGGUGCCCUUGUUUUCACUGCCAAAGAUUACUUUUCUACAUAUUUUUUCCUUAUCUUGGAGAAAUAGGGUGAUUUAUGUUUCUUUGCUACUUAAGGGAAAAUAUUCUUUUUUAUUUAUAUUUUUAAGCAUCUAAAAUCAAAGCCUCUUUACUACCUUUGCAUAUAGAAUUCUUCAGAAAAAUCUGCAGGAGUCAAGAAAUUACUUUGUGCAUUCAAAUAUAUAUGUGCGUGUAUAUAUAUAUAUAUAUAUAUAUAUAUACACGGUUUUAUUCGUGC